AUGACUAAGGAAAUUAAUACCGUUCUUAUCGGUGAGACAGGAAGUGGUAAAAGUACAUUUAUUAAUUAUUUGGCUAAUUUAUUUUUUGACGGAUCAUUAACAAAUCUUAAAGUAGCUAUACCAACAAAAUAUUUAUCAACAAAUUUAAAUUAUCUUCAUAAUGAAGAUGAUUUGGAUGAUGAGACGAAGAGUAAAACAUUAAAUUGUCAAUGUUAUACAUUUCAAAUAGAAAAUGUUAAUUUCAAUUUUAUUGAUACACCAGGUAUCAGUGAUACUGGUGGCUAUUUACAAGAUAAUGAAAAUGUUGAUAAAAUAUUUGAUACAAUUCAAUCAUUUAAUGAUAUAACGGCACUUGUUCUUGUUCUUAAUGGUACACAAGCAAGAAUGACAAUUAAUGUUAAAAAUGUUUUGGAAAGAUUUCGUGAUCGUAUACCCGAUAUUAUUUAUAAUAAUAUGAUUAUUAUUUUAACAAAAUGUCAAAGUCAUACAGUAAAUUUUAAUCCAAAAACAAUUGAUUUACCAUUAACAUCAUGUUCAGUAUUUUAUAUGCAAAAUUCAGCAUUUUCAAGCGAUUCAUCACAAUGGAAUCAAAUGAUUACACAAAUUUUACAACGUGAUUGGCAAAUAUCAGUGAAAACAAUGAAUGAUAUAAUUAAAAGAUUAAUAUCGUUAACACCAAUUUCAACUGAAACAUUUAAAACUAUGCAAGAUGAUCGAAAUACAAUUAGAUCAUUGUUACAUGAAUCACGUCUAAUGAUUAUGGAAAUACAACAAUUAGAAGAUGAAAUUAUUGGAUUAGAGCAAGCAUCUAGUAUUUAUAAUUCAAAUGUACAAAAAUAUCAAAAUUUUAUUAAAGAAAAAGAUAUUUUAGUUAAUAAAAUAGUAAUAACGCCGUAUCAUAAUACAAUAUGUUUAAAUUGUAAUCAAGUAUGUCAUGAACGAUGUUCACUAACAGAAACAACAGAAGUAGGUGAAAAAGUACUUCAACGAUGUGCUGUUAUAGGAUCAAAUGGAAAAUGUACCGUAUGUAAAGCACAUUGUUCAUUUGAUAAUCAUUAUCAUGAUAGAAAAUUGAUAACACCUGUACAUCGAACAUUAAAAGCAAUUGCAAAUGAUAUACAAACACGAUCAUUAGCAGCUAAAGAAAAUAAAGAAAAAGUUGAUAUGAAAUGUGAAACAGUACAAGAAACAAAAAAACUUAUUGAAGAUGCAUUAAAUGAACAAUAUAAUAAAGUAAAAGAGAGUUGUUAUCGUAUUAAACAAACUUGUAAAGGAUUUAAUGUUGUCGAAGAGUUAUAUAUAUUUAUUAAUUUAUUAAAAAUUGAUUGUAAUUCAUUGAAUUCACAAUCAGUUAUACGUCGAUCAACACGUUUUAUUGAAAAAUUAGAAAAAUUAUGUAAUGAUUUACAGGAUAAUGUUACUACAGAUGGAUGUUAUUCUUCGCCGAAUAUAGGAAAACGUGAAAAAAGUCGAUCUACAACAAAACCGUCACUGGCCAUGAAUGUAUCAAAUAAAAGUAGCCGAUCUCCAUUAAUGCCUUCAUCUAUACCAACGAAUGAGAUAGAUAAUAUAUUUGGAUCACGUCAUUCACUAAAUGAAAAACCAAGCAUCGAUGGUAUUGAGGAUAAAAAUGAAAUAAGACGUUUAAAAUCGGAUGUUCAACGAAAACCUAGUUGUCCUAAUGAAUUAUUGA